ACCCCAGCGUGUAUUGCUUCCGCGUACUCUGCUCGUGCUAGCAGUCAUAGCGAGUGAAAUAAGAAAAACUAAACUGUUGAUGAUGUACAAAGCUGCGGAUUAAUUUACCCUUUUCAACUGCUUUAAACAAAUAUAGAAAAUGUCUUUUCCCGAAACACUACCUGGUUAAAAAAUCUCCAGUAGGUCCUGUAACUAAUGGCGUUUCCUCAACCCAAACCUCAGCCUCCUCAGCUUCCGCAGCAUCUUCUGAGGACCAUUAACUGUCAACAAGGAGCUGUCAGAGCCGUUCGCUUCAAUGUGGAUGGAAACUACCUGUUGUCUUGCGGCAGUGACAAAUCCCUAAAGCUGUGGAGCGUUGGCCGAGGGACGCUGCUGAAGACCUACAGCGGUCAUGGAUAUGAGGUUCUGGACGCCGAUAGUUCCUAUGACAACAGUCAGCUUUGCUCCUGCAGCUCGGACAAAACUGUGAUUCUGUGGGACGUUGCAACGGGUCAGGUCACACGCAAGCUCAGAGGACACGCUGGGAAAGUUAACUGUGUGCAGUUUAAUGAGGAGGCAACGGUCAUUUUAUCUGGCUCCAUAGACGGUACAGUGAGAUGCUGGGACACGAAAUCCAGAAGAAACGAGCCCAUCCAGGUUCUAGAUGAGGCUCGCGACAGCAUAAGCAGCCUUAAAGUUUCACAACAUGAGCUGCUCACUGGGUCGGUGGACGGCAGAGUGAGGCGUUACGACCUGAGGAUGGGACAGCUUCACGUUGACCUCAUCAGCAGUCCCAUUACGUGCGUGUGUUUCAGUCAGGACGGGCAGUGCACCCUGAGCUCCAGCUUGGACUCAAAAGUGAGACUUCUGGACAAGAGCACUGGGGAAAUGUUGGGAGAAUACACUGGACACAAGAUGAAGGGCUACAAGUUGGACUGCUGCCUGUCCAGUAAAGACACCCACGUGUUGAGCUGCUCAGAGGACGGACACGUCUACUGCUGGGAUCUGGUGGAAGGAUCGUUGUCAUUAAAGCUGCCAGUGGGAAAAGCAGUCGUCCAGUCGUUAUCUUUCCACCCCACAGAGACCUGCCUCCUCACAGCCAUGGAGGGCCACGUUCAGGUGUGGGGGGCACAGCCAGAGGAGCCACAGGAGCCACAGGACGACACCCCGGUCAGUCAGAGUGGCUGAAUGGACUUUAAUUCCUCUGUUGGAGAUGUAAAAUAUUGUAACAUGAACUAAAGAAAUUUCCUUAUUUUCUGAUAUUCACCAUCUGUCCUUGUAAGCGCAGGGCUUUUCGGCUGGAAUUUGCUCUAAAUUAAGAAAAUAUGGGACUUUUUCUUGUAGUAAUCCUGUCAGACAUGAAACAUUUGAACCUUUGGAGUGUCAUUAAAAAAAAGACCAACAUUUUUCUUUUAUAUAAUCUGAUAAUGGUCUGUGUUUCAUUGGUCAGUCAGAGAUGUAAAUAUUAACCAAACAAGGAGUUGAGCUAGAACUGAUAAAAUACUUGAUCAAAGGAAAUAAAUCACAUAUCACUCUUGU